AUGGCCUCCACCCUGUCCGUCUGCUCCAGCGACCUGAGUUACGACAGCCGGGUCUGCCUGCCCGGGUCUUAUGACUCCUGCACCGAGUCCUCCUGGCAGGGGGAGGACUGUCCAGAGAGCUGCUGCGAGCCCCCCAGCUGCGCCCCCAGCUCCUGCUGCGCCCGCUGCUGCGCCCCCAGCUGCUACCUGAUGUGCACCCCAGCCAGCUGCGGGUCCGGCCCCUGCCAGCCGGCCUGCGACAGCUCCUGCUGCGCCCCCAGCUGCGCCCCCAGCUGCGCCCCCAGCUGCUGCCUGAGCUCCCCCUGCCAGCAGGCCUGCUGCAUGCCCAUGUGCUGCAAGCCUGCCUGCUGCACACCCGUCUGCUGCAAGCCCGUCAGCUGCACACCUGCCUGCUGCACACCUGCCUGCUGCAAGCCCAUGUGCUGCACACCUGUCUGCUGCAAGCCUGUCAGCUGCACACCUGUCUGCUGCAAGCCCGUGUGCUGCACACCUGUCUGCUGCAAGCCUGUCAGCUGCACACCUGUCUGCUGCAAGCCCGUGUGCUGCACACCUGUCUGCUGCAAGCCCGUCAGCUGCACACCUGCCUGCUGCAAGCCCGUGUGCUGCACACCCGUCUGCUGCUCGGCCUCCCCCUGCCCCUGCCCCCCGCCCUGCGCCAAGCCCUCCUCCUGCGUGUCCCUCAUCUGCCGCCCCGUGUGCAGACCCGCCUGCUGCGCCCCCUCCUGCCAGCCCAGCUGCGGCCGCGGGGCGUCCUCCGUGUCCCUGCUCUGCCGGCCCGCCUGCCCGCGCCCCGCCUGCUGCUGA